AGAGUAGACAGGAGGGACGCAGACCGUGAACGAGAUUAGUAUUCCUCUGUACAACCUAUCAGAAGUGUAGCGAGGACGUCCCGUGGAGUUCCCGUUGUUUUGCCUGUAUUUGAUUAUCACAUAAACGUUAUUCGCCGCAGAAAAGCCGUUGAGAGCACGGAACAUACGAAAAACCCAGCCCCUUUCUGAACUGGACAAAUGUAGGCUACAAAAAGCAGGGGAUUAGGUUAAAUCCUCUGCAUGGUGCCGCCAGACAGGAAGUGCUGAAUUGGCAUGCUGAAAAUGAAGCUGUACAACAAUGACAGAGUGAUGUUUGUUUCCGUCAGCCUUAGUGUUUAUUUUGAAAGUAGUAAAUAGGAUCAUGAUGCAUCGAAUGAUAACUAAGCAGGCCUAACUUCCCUCUGGACCCACAGCACAGAUGCCCCUCUAGCUGAAUCCCAGGAGUAAUCCACCACUUCCCUUUCUCCAUGAAGCGGAGAAUCCAUCAACCCUGUCAGGCUGAGGACAAGGGCCAAGAGAAGGGAAGAAGGAAGCGCUGAUGGUUGAAAGAUGUGAUAAAAGUUGGAAAAGCAAAACUGGAAGACAAAGGAAAGAAGGAUCUGAUCUCCUGCUGCAUUGUUUCUUUUCAUAAUGAGGGAGAUGGGGAUUAGAGCUAGGCUAUAUGAGGCCCUAUGUCACUGCACAGUGAUGAGGGGACCCUGAAACUCCUCUCUCUGUUAAAUUUCUUUCACUUUUUUCUCAUUUGCGGAUAUCCUGAACCUGUGCCCUGCUGAACAGUCAGUGUAUUCCUAGUGGGGGAAAGUUUUCAGACGUUUCUGCUACUGCCCAGCAGCACUGAAAUUCAGAAAGCCUUGAGAAUGGAUAUCAAAGGUAAAAUAGUUAUACUUAUAUUGUGACCCAUCAACCUACCUUUUUUCUGUGUUGCAUGCUUUGAUUUUUUUUCUACACUGCCUUUCACAGAAGCAAAUUUCCUGUUUCUUCUCACACACCUACUGCUUCCAAUUGACAAUUCAGCUACUUUUUUUUUGGUUAAAAAAAAAUUGGAAAUAUUACAUUGUUGCACAGGUAGAGCCUAUAGUCCUGUCCUGGUUCAGACCUGUGAUCUUUACCUCAGCCACUGGUGCAUGCAACAUACCCUUUAUGCACACCCAUUGCGCUACCCUUUAUAUCUUGACUUGGCCAUCUCAGCCCUGAACCUUUAGCGUUGCACUUUGUUGCAUGUUUUUUACUUGGAAGUGCUGGUUCCUGUGUCCCUUCUCAACGCGUUUCAGCCUGAGAGAGGCUUAGUAAUGUGGGCCAACAGAAAGGAAUAAAUAAAGUGCGUUCUCUUUGAAGACUUCUAAAGUCAACCACAUUGGGAACCGAUAAGGAUUCAUCUCUGCUCAUCCAGCAGCCCUUGAGCCAAAGCACACCCUUGUUUGACUCUUGAUUUGACCUGCUGGAGAGGGCAUCUGCAGGUUUUCCAGCCUUUUGUUAACCUUAUCCAUUCUAAGCUCAACCAGCUCCGCUGAACUGAAUUGUUCCCUUGUAUCAAGGAAUGUACUGAUCGUAAUUAGUUGUUCUCUAUGCAGGUGUUGAUCAGUGAAAAAGACAGCACCUUUGAAAAGCACUUUCUCCUAGGAAACUGGCAAACUCCAGAAAAUGCUAUUCCUUCACUCAUAGCUGUGACCUGAAUCUCUCCUUUGUGCUCUCUCUCUCUCUCUCUCUUUUUCUCUGCCUCUAUUUCUCUUCAAUUUUUCACUUAAGCUUACACAAUAACCAACAAAAACUAUUGACCUACAGUUAGGAGAGAGUUGGAGGUACCACCGACCAGCAGAUUCAACAUUUGGGACUAGUAAGCUAGCAUGUCACACGGAGAACUGGACAGACCCUCAACAAUGGAAGAAGAAGAAACCUGAGAGAAGGACCCUGGAACUGUGAAAAGCCUGACUGAAGGUCCAGACAAUGGAAAGAAAACAAGGAGUUAAGAGAGGGUGAAAUACGAAUCAAAUUCUGGUGCCUAUCAAACGUUUUUUUCUCCAAAAUGCUAAUACCUGCACUUAUGAACUACGCAAUUGGCUGUAACUAAAAGACUCUGAUGCAAUUUUGUCAGGUAUAUUGGAAUGCUUUUUCAGUGUUAUUCAGUGUGUAUUCUGUGUUUUAGAAAAACCUCAAUUUGGAUUCACCACUUUAAGGGUUUACCACUUUGUAUCAAUUAGUCCAUCCAAAUAUGUGCCCUUGUACCUGAUAUUUUGUGUGGUAUUAGAGGAGUAUUCACACACCGUAUUUCCACUAUAUGCAUUUGCCAGGACAGGAGUGCUGUCCAAAUUUUUGUCAUCAUCCAUUCUGAAGUGUAAAUAUAGAAUGAAUGUACAACGCUGUUACAUGCAGUUUUAAAUGUGCAGUGUCCCUAAGGGAGAAUAACAAUAACACUGCUUUUGAGAAUGAGGUAGUAAUGUGCAAAAAACAAUCCACAUUUUAUGAUGACACAAAUGUCUAAAAUUGAAAGUAAUUUUUGGCCUUCGCUAUUAUAUUGUCUGUCAUACUUGUUUUCUGCCGCAAUAAGAACAGAAUUGUUUGGGAUAAAGAAACAGUGUAGCCUCAGGAAAACCCCUUCAACCAAAGUUUUGUGAAUUCUCAUUUCCCCUGGAAUUCUGUUUUAUUUCCUAUGUAGGUGAAUGUAGAGAGCUAAGGAGGACACUUUUGGAAUACUUCACAGGUUUGACUGUAAACAAAUUGCUGAGAAAUGCUUUUGUUAUUUUUUUGACUGAUUGCUCUCAUCUGGCGUUGUGUCUGCUGUUGGUUGUUCAGGGUCAACUUGUACUAACUCCUACGGUACAUUUUCCAUUACAAAACAAAGGCCUGUGAAGAAGUUGGACAACUGUGGAGGAUGAAAGAUGAGUAUUUGAGUCUGUGUAUUUUCUGUGUAGAAAGCAUGCUGACCUCUCCUUUUUUGCUGCAUGGGAAUAUACUGUCGAUUCAUGUGUCUCCUGAAGAAAACCCUUUCCUGGAUUUGGUCAUUUACUGAUCACUGAAUCUCUCCCAGUGCCUGCCUCAGUCUGAGGAGAGUUCUUUUCCCAGAAUUCCUUUACUGUAUCUCCUGUGUUCAGCUCCUCUGACCAAACCCAAUUUCUGGAAGCUUCCCUUUGCUAACCCCUGUCCCGACGCCACAACCAGCCAUAGCACAUGCCAAACUCAAACCCCUGAAAGCUUCCAGCCCGGCAUGUAUUCUCGAUUUACCUCUGAAACCCGCUCCCUCUCAUGAGUCUUGCCAAGACUGAAGUCCUCUUUCAACAACGGCACAACAGUGCUCCCCUGGCCCUGGUGAAUUACGUACCAGACUGGGACGCCCUGCUGACAGGACACUGUCCAUCGGCAGGCCGACAGUGUGGAGUCAGGUCUCUGUGCACAUAAAGGCUUUCUGACCUACAGAUGUAUUUGUUGGAUUCAAAAAUUUUGCACAUUUUUUUUUUAAACAAUUAGGACUUGGACUUAUGUAUGACUCAUUCUUCAUCCAGGUGGAUACAAGUUGCACUUUCAAAGAGCGUGGCUGGGAUAGAGCUGCAACCUGCUUCUUUCCAACUGAAGCGACUCGAUCAAUAAUCUGCAAAAUCUUUGCUGACCGGAUACUGAUUGUCUUUAUGGAUUUUCUGCUGUCUUGAAAUGAAGGAUUGAACUUUACACUGACAUGGCAGCACGUAGAAAAUCGAUAUCAGAAUUAUUUUAACUCAGAAACCCUUAUUUAUAGAUCCCAUAUUACUAACAUCCUUUUAGUUAGAUAUAUGGGACUGACUUCAAGUUGAAAUAUAGGAUAGACCCUUCACGAGCACGAAUAUAGGAAGCACAGCAUAUAUUGUUACCAGUGUAACGCACUGCACACAGUUUCUUUGGCGCUCAGUACCACACGAAUGGGCUCUCUCGUCAUGGGAGCGGCGCGCGUGAAGAGACGCUUCAGCGCAGUGGUCGACGGGCCUGUGGAGGAAGAGGAAGUCAUGAAGCUGGCCCAAAGCGCGGCCGAAACCGCCGGGGCGGGGGGCGGGCCCGGCAGUCCGGCGACGCCCGGCAGCCCGCUCCCGAUGCCGAACGGCAAAGCGAUCGCCGUGCAGGGGAACGGCAGUGGGAACGGUGGAGGGGGACCGGGAGCGUCAGGAGCUGGAGGGGAAGGGGGCAGAGGAGGACGCCCGGGGCUAAGGGGAUUGGGGGGAACGAGGGGCAGCCGCUCCUCCCCUGACGCGGACGCGGACUCCGCCCCCGCUUCCCCCUCCCCCUCCAGCCGCCGCCGGCGCCGGCCCCGCAGCCGCUUUGUGGGCAAGGACGGACGCUGCAACGUCGCCUUCGUCAACAUGAGCGAGAGGAGCCAGCGCUACCUCACAGACCUCUUCACCACCUGCGUGGACAUCCGCUGGCGCUGGAUGUUUGUGGUCUUCUCCCUCUCCUUCCUCCUCUCCUGGCUGCUCUUCGGCUUCACCUUCUGGCUCAUUGCCUCCGUCCACGGGGACUUCUCCGCCUCCUCGGGUUCCGCCCCCCCCGCGGAAGGGGCCGGGGCGGAGCCAGGGGGGCAGCGGGCGGAGGAGCCCUGCUUCCUGCAGGUGAACAGCUUCAUGGCGGCCUUCCUGCUCUCCCUGGAGACGCAGACCUCCAUCGGCUACGGCUUCCGCAGCGUGACCGAGGCGUGCCCCCUGGCGGUGCUGGCGGUCGUGUUGCAGUGCAUCGUGGGCUGCAUCAUUGACGCCUUCAUCAUCGGGGCGGUCAUGGCCAAGAUCGCCAAGCCCAAGAAGCGCAACGAGACGCUGGUGUUCUCGGACGCGGCGGUGGUGGCCCUGCGCGACGGCAAGCUCUGCAUGAUGUGGCGGGUGGGCAACCUGCGGAGGAGCCACCUGGUGGAGGCUCACGUGCGCGCCCAGCUGCUCAAGCCCAGGGUGACCCCGGAGGGUGAGUACCUGCCCCUGGACAACGUGGACAUCAACGUGGGCUUCGACACGGGCACGGACCGCAUCUUCCUGGUGUCGCCCGUCACCAUCGUGCACGAGAUCGACGAGGAGAGCCCGUUCUUCGAGAUGGACCGGCGCGCGCUGGAGGGCGACUCGGAGCUGGAGGUGGUGGUCAUCCUGGAGGGGAUGGUGGAGGCCACUGCCAUGACCACGCAGUGCCGCAGCUCCUACCUGGCCUCGGAGAUCCUGUGGGGCCACCGCUUUGAGCCGGUCCUCUUCGAGAAGAAGAACUGCUACCAGGUGGACUACUCCUUCUUCCAUCGCACGUACGAGAUUCCCAGCACCCCCUCCUGCAGCGCCAAGGAGCUGGCGGAGCGCAAGUACAUCCUGGGGUCGCGCUCCUCCUUCUGCUACGAGAACGAAGUCGCGCUGCAGCUCUCCUCCCCCGGCGACCAGUCCGUCGCCCCGUCCCCCCGCAGCGACCCCCACGCCGAGCUCGCUCACCCCCACGCGCAGUGAGGGAGCGGGGGCUCCGGGGGGAGAGGGCAGGCGAGAGAGGGAGGGAAAGGCAGGGAAGGAGAGGGGAAGGCAGGGAGAUGUAGGUCAGAGAGCGGUGAGUGAAGAGCAAGAGCAGUGAUUGAGGAAGGGAGAAACGGGGACAUGAGACGAGGGAGUUAGAGGAAAGCGAGGAGGAGGAGGAGGAGGUUUGAACAGGUAAAGUAUCAGGAGAGUAUUUAUUGCUAAACAUUGAGAUUUAUAACCAAACAUAGGGAAAAGAGGAAAAUGGGAUAUGUAAUGGAAAGUGGAAAAUAAAUGGAACGAUAGUCAGGGAGAGAUGGGAAGAAAUAGUUGGUGCUAAAGGGACAAAUAAAGUGAAUGGGGGAAGAAGAGGGGGGCUGCAGCAUUGAAAACCAGCUAGCUGAUUGGGCCUGGCGAUCUUACAAUAUUCAUACAAGCACAUUUGCCAUUUUUCUGUACCAGCUUGUCAGUUCUUUACUGUGGCUCCAGUACGUAUCUGACAGACAUACAACAGCACCCUCAUGUGGCCAGAAUAAGUAACAAUGUGCUCUGUUGCUUUUGUAUUAUUUUCACUGACUGUUUAUGAACUGUUUGGAGCAUUUAGAGAGUUUUUCCAUUUGACUAUAGAUACAGUAUUAAUCACCCACAUGCUUAUGGAACUGUGUUAGGAUGAGAAUAAAUAUUUUUUGCCACAAAAACAUUGAUUAGAAAAGUAUUUAUUGCUAGUUAUGUUACUUUCAAAGGGUGAGAAAUAAUGAUAAAUUAUUCUGUUGAGUCUAUAAAUGAAUGUUAGAUUACAUGCUGGAGUUACUGCCGAACAGAUGAAUAAAGCAAAGAAGCUACUUAAAAUGUGCAGCAAUUUUAAGUAGUUGCACAAGACAUGUUGAUAAUUUUGUAUUAUCUUUGUUCUGAAACUUUAUUUUCUAUUAAUUUUAUUUCAGGAGAACAUGGUGUGUUGUAUAGAAACUGUAAGGGUAUAGCUGAAUCCUGAACCCUGUAUGAAAAUUAGAUAUGGCUGUUUAUUAUGUUGCUUAGGUUGCUAGCUUACAGCCAUUUAUGUUUUACGUCUUCAGAAAAGAUGAAGACAGAAAAGACUGUGAUGUGCGCAGUCGGACUUCUGGAAAACGCACAGUCUCUCUCUCUCUUGCUGCUUCUGCAUUUUGGACUCAUCGAGUUGCAGCUGGAUGGGCUGUGCCCUGGCCAGCAGUCAGAGUCAAGCAUGAGACUGUACACCCAUCCGACCGCCUAACCGCUGCUGAUAACGUUCAGUCUGGGUUCUUUAGUUUUGCAGUAUGAUGACUGCAGCCAGUGUUAAUAUUGCGGUUGUGUUCUUGACCUCUUUGUCUUUUGUUGGCUUUUUGAAACUCGAGCACAAUCAAACUCUGGCGAACAAGGUUCACUUUCGUUUUGUUUUUUUUGACACUGGAAUAGUCAGCCAUUGUUGUUGCUGGUGCCUGAAAAGUUAAUCGUUUGGGAAUCGCUACUUUUCUGUUUCAUUGUUCUGUUGACAAAUAAUUUUUCAUUGUGUUUAUUGCAUUUUAUCAAUUCUUUGACUGUUUUGACAGUGUGUGCUACUUCUGUACACAACUGAGAUGCAAAUAGUUCCAGUAUGUUUGCAUGAAAUCAGCACAAUAUCUUGUAUUGCUAUGUAUUCUAUCAGAUAACGUUUCCGUAAAUGUUAGUCACUACUAACAGCACACUUAGUAACUCAUACUUGAUAUAUGACUUUGUGAAGGUAGUUGUUGAGUGGUGGUCUUUGCAGAUACACUUAAACAUAGCCCUGUACUGAUUUGAACACUGUAACAGAACUAAUAUCAUUGUUAACUCACUGGGGGGAAAGCUGAAAGGGAACACUGAAAAUAUAUACGAGAAGCAUCGUAUAUUACAUAGCACUUAACAUGAUUAUUUCCAUAAGUUAUGUUUCAAUUUGUAUCGUUUUAUUAAUCUAUUGUUAUUGUGUGUUGCCUGAUUUCCCCUAUCAGUCUCCUUGACUUUGACUUCCUGUUUAUGUUACUGGUAUCUAAUUGUGUCUUUUCCUGUUUGAUUCCAGUUAGAAUGUAACUUGAAUCCUUACCACAUGCACAAUGAAACUUGGCAUUAGUUAUUACAAAUAAAACCCAAAGAAAUCCAUUUCCUUGACAUUUCUUGUUUUAUGGCGUAUUAGAUUUCACGCUAACAUCUUGGAUGGUCGGUCUGUCUGAAUUUGAGGGGAGCCAUAUUUGACUGUUUGCUCUCCUUUUUUUUAGGUCUCUUCUUCAUGUGUUCUUGAAAUUAUUUCAUGUUAAUGUCCUGACUGUGUAAGGAAGAAUGCUCUUUGAAAUUUCACAUCCACUGAGUAAAAGCACAAAGAACAAAUAAAACUUGUUUGAUUGAUUA